CCAUGCUGCUCAGACCUCAAAGUGGUUGGACCCUCUUCUCUUAGUAGCGGUUGCUAAGGGGACUAGAGUUGCUUCACACGACUUCCACCGUUCACUGCUUUAGUCACGGAUCGUCGAGGAAAGCCAUGGCCAUCUACCAGCAGCCCGGCACCACCACCACCACCCACACCCAACGCCACGGGUCAUGGAGCACCACCGUCUGCGACUGCUGCGGUGACAUGAGCACCUGUUGCUUUGGGCUCUGGUGUUUCCCCUGCAUGCAGUGUGAGACAGCCAAAAUGCAUGGCUGGUGCUGUGCCAUGCCACUCCUGGAUGUCUGCUGCAUCGUGUCCUGCCUCCUGCGUUCCUCCAUUCGAGAGCGCCACGGCAUCGACGGUUCGAGCUGCGGCGACUUCUGCCAGCUCAACUAUUGCUACAUGUGCGUGUGGUGCCAGAUGAACCGAGAGCUGAAGAUCCGGGCAGGGCAGGCCGGCCAAUCCACCACGCAGGCCAUCAAUAUGUAGGAUGCAACCUCCGGGAAUAUGGCACUAGGUCAUAAUAGCUGCAAGCUCCUUUUUGUAGUUUUAGUGUUCUGUUAUAAGUAUUAGUUGAAAGACAAAGAUGAAGCCGACAGAUUCACGUUUGUUCUCGGCAGUAGUUUUAAUUUGGACCGUUAGUUACCAUGUUAUAUUCUGUGAUACUGACUCAUAUCAAAUUG